AUGGCGGAUACGAAGGAUAAGCGCAAAAGAAAGGUAAAUAGAGGAGAUAAAUGAUUUAAUUUUCAAAUUAAAACUGUAUGUUUUUUUGCGCGUACAGGAAGAAGAUAUUCCAUAUUUCCUGUCUAAAUAUUCAGUCGCGAGCCAUGCAAAGCGUUUUAUUUUGAAUGGUUAGACAUUUGUUUCAAGUUCCUGUGACGAGAGCAGCAAAUACAAAUCUGAUCUUUAUGUUUGGUCUUUUUAAAAUAUUUUGAUUGUUUGUAGUUUCGAACUUGUUUUAAAGGUUUUUGCAACCGUACGUACGUUUUAUUGACACCUGACGAGUUCAGCUGACGUCGUUUGGGAAGUGCAAUAUUUUUCUCCCUUCUAACACCUUUUCAACUUGAUCGGUCUGAACUAUUAGAGUUGAUUCAUCUCGCAUGUAGCUAUAUGUUCCGGGCGAUAACUAUAGGCGAGGGUACUAAUUCCGCUCGGCUAUUUACACCCGGGGAAAUGAAAGCUUUAGCGAAGUCUAAAGUUUAUCAAUAAUCGCGGUCACGUGACUAUGAUUCAUGCAAAGCAAUUUAACGGCAAAAACAGUUUAGUUUGAAUAAAACAUUUCAAAACAUUUUACGAAGCGAUUCAGGUUAAAUUUAACAUUAAAUUAAAGCUCACAAAAUGCAAAAUAACAUGUAUACCCACAGUACAUAUUUUGGAAAUUCAUUGUUGUAUAGUUAAUUAAAAGCGCUAACCUUUCACACCUUUCAAAUAUUUUUGCUAUUUUGUACAAAAAUAUAAAAAAUAGGCACGCUAAGCGUACGUUAUUUUACUGUUGUUGCUGUGCUUACUGUUGUUGUAGUGUUGUUAUUAAUGUAGUGGUUUUUGCAUAAUAUGUAUUAGUAUAAUUACAUAGGUGAUUAUUGAAAAUUCUCCACGCUGAUUGGUUACCGUUGAGGUGAUUAUUACGCGAUAAUCACCUAAGCGAUUUUCAAAAUGGCGGCCGAAGCCGUUUUGUCAAUUAAAAGACGAAUAAAUGUGCAUUUUUAAAUUUUUUUCCAAAUAAUCACCUAUGAAAUUAUACUAAAACAAUUAUUCACCUCAGGCUCGGUGAUUAUCGGGAAUAAAAACCUCGACUUCGUCUCGGUUUUUAUUCACCGAUAAUCACCUCGCCUUCGGCGAAUAAUUGUUAAAUAUUAAUUAAAUAAUAUUGGACAGGAGUUUUCUUGACACACCACGAGUCUCUGAUAUGCCAUUUCCUCAGGACUUUGGGGGAAGUUUUGACAGAAUUCCGAUGGUCAGAAAACAGAGUUUUAGUAUGUCGAAAUUUACAAUUUGCUUACCGUUUAGUAUAGAACCAGAGGUAUAGAACUAAAUGGGCGAAGGCGUAUUUAAUGAACUAUAUAAUGGAGAAGUUGCAGGAAAGAGUAUGGAUAAUAUGAUUCUUUGCGGUUUGUCAUGGAUAAUGUAGCCGCUUAAAAUUAAUCAAUUGUCAGUAUUUUAAACUAGAAGUUACUAUCGCAAGGAAAGUGCUGCCUCACCCGCAAGGGGUCAAAGGCAGCAUGUACAAUUUGCCUGAAUAAGGGGCUGUUUAUAUGAUCUCGCUUUGCCAUUACUCUCAUGAUGUUUUUAUAUCAUUAUGUCAAACUAAAACCACCCCCAAAUACAUAAAGAAUACAUGAAGGAAACUAAGUAAGUUAUACUUUAUAAUUUAAAGUAAAUUUGUAAUGCAAAAUAUAAUGAAAUUAAAAAAUAAAUAAAUUUAAUGCCCCACAGAGCCUGGCCACCUGUGGUUUUAUAUGAAUACCUCCAAUGUCUCCAAUGCUUAUAACUUCUUGCUUUUGAAGCUAGCCAUAGCAACAAGUCGUGCUAUGCAAGUUUUUAUGAUUUGUAUAAUUCAAAUAGAUGCAAGAUUAUCAGCAUAGGCAUAGCAUAGAGGGCAUAGCAUGACAAGUUGCUAUGAUUAGCUUGCCACUGAAUACUGUACAAUAUUAUAUAUUUAUAUAGAGACUAAUACAUGGGUGCACGACAGCACGGAACACAAGAAAUAAAUCUGGUAUUUCCAAGCAUUCAUGUAUUUUUCUGUUUACUAUAUAAAGGACAGUCUUUGAAAAGCAAUAUAAUUUUUUGCAGAAAAGUGAUAAUUGAAAAGUGAUAAUUUUCACAUAUGAGAUUAUCAUAAAUUAUCUCACAUGUGAGAUUAUCAGUUUUAUCAGUGCUCGAAAUCUCUAUGAAGCACUAUACUUUGUAUAAUAAAUAUACAUCAACAAUAAUAAUACUUGAAUCCAUUGGACAUGUAAAAUUUAAUAACAAUUUCAUGUAUAGAAAUAGUAUAAUACAAAACUACGCCUAUCACAGAACAACUGUCAUUUUUGUUUAAUUUAAUACAUCAGCUUCAGAUGGCACCAUUCAUUUGUAAUGAUUAAGAUUGUACUGACUCAGAACUUCAAAACUAUAUAAUAAGAAAGAAAUUGUACUUGAGCAUUAUUGAAAAAAUAUAGUAUACCCUGAAAUGUAGUGAUACAGCCAGGUGAAUAUUAUGAAUUAUUAUGUAGCGGGCCGGUAGGAUUACUCCUUAUUAUACUGACAAUGGACAUAUCUCAGAGAUAUAUUUUUACAAACCGUCAUACCUUGUACAAAAGUCGGUUGACAUGUUAUUACAUGUAACUGCUGGUAAGUUAAUAUGUGCAGGCGAAUUUACUGGGGGGUUAGUACUGAGUAUAACACCCUGAGCCUGAGGUGUUAUAAAGUGUUCAACCCCACCAAAAUUUCACGUCAGCCCUCCUACUUUGUGUGAAAGCCUUUAACCCUAACCCCUGCCAAAGCUCAGUGGUGCUGCUUGCACCCCACUAGAAAAUGUUUGGCCACCCCUCCUUUUAUAAAAUGAAAAUAUGCCCUUGCAGACAACAAUCCACACUGGAUUGCUAUAGGGAUAUCUUUAUAAUAUUAUUAAAGCCCUGCCACACAACAUUCCACGUUUGUUUUUAAAACGUGCUGAAAUGGCUGAAGCACAUUGCUAUAAACAUGUAGAAUAAACACUAUAAACUCAUCGCCUUUGGAAAUCACCACACAAACAAAUAAACUAAAAGUAGAUUUUGACUACUUGAUGAUAAUAAAUUCAUGCUGAAUCUAAAUUCAUGAAAUCAUAGUGUUCUAAACAUAAAGGCCUUCAUGUAUACAGUCGAACCCCUAUAAGCGGACACCUCUCUUAAGCGGACACCUCCUUUAAGCGGACACAUAUCUCAGGUCCCAUUCGAUUUCUUUAAUAAAAUACUAUUAUCAUAACCCCUAUUAAGCGGACACCCCUCUUUAACGGACGCGGACACCUUUCUGGAGGUCCCAAUGGGCAAAUCAACCUCUCUUAAGCGGACAGAUGACAGAUUGUCUGAUAAAAUGUGUUCAAUAUUCGACAGUAAAUAACAAUUGAGAUCAAUUUACAUGGCACAUUGACAGUGACACAUCAACUUGGCGCGAAGACAUCAGAGCCAAGAUUAUUGAGGAAGUGACGAACGAGGACGGAGGACUGUGAGCCGCCAGCCAUGAUGAUACUCAAAUUACACACCUUUGCCUCCUGCUUUGUUUUUCUACUUACCCCUUUUAAGCGGACACCCCUUUUGGGCGGACACUUAGGCGAGGUCCCGAAGGUGUCCGCUUAAUAGGGGUUCGACUGUAUUACCAAAAAGAAAAAAAGCUACCCUUACCUGAAUUAUUGAAAAUAUUGUCCAUGUUUUGCAUCAUGAAAAUAAGCUCAUAACUGUCCUUGAGAAGAACUUGAUCCGUGUGCAAUACAAAGUAAAUUUUGACCGCCUCCCUCGUUUUAAAAAACUUCCUGAAGCCUUAAUUAUUUCCCCAGAAUUACGACAUCUUUACAGACAGACACAAAAUCGAGAUCUCGACAAUACAUAGCUCGAGCAAAGAGACUGGACACAAGUAAACACGAUACUUCAUGUUAAGAAUAGUGUGCUGCCUUCGGCAGCAAAUAUAUUAUUUAAAUGAUAAAGGAGUACAUGAUUUUCUGCAGCCCCCAGCCCCGCCCCCGUUUCUACGGCUCUAAGAAGUAAUAAACCGAAAAACAUUUACGAUUUGUUAAAUGUUAUUCAUGUAAAUGCCGUGAUUUCCUAAAUCAGUUUAUACUGACAAUACAAUUUAUAAUAUUUUCUCUGUUUAGACAACUAAAAUUUUGUUAUAUACUAUUAUUGCCGUAAUUUUCCGAAUGGCCCGAACUCGAUUUUCCCAAUACGUUAAUUCUAAAAAAGUUGGAGGCUCAACCCCACACACACACACACACCCCUCCCCCCACCCCAAAUACCCCCUCGCUACGGCCUUGGUCAUUACUCAGUUCUACUAUCAGUCAUGUUGUUUAUCUUGCACGCUGUGUGGCUUGUAAUUGGCAAGGAGUCGGUUCUAUGGUUAAUUUUAAGACUCGACUUGCCAAUUAUAAGUCCCAUAGUCUGUGAUUAAUAUGUCAUAUUUUUAAAUCUUGAAGAGGCGCUGAUUGGCUGUUGUACCGGAAUCAUGCACAACAGCCAAUCAGCGCUUCUUCAAGAUUUAAAAGAUAUGACAUAAUCAAAGACUAUAGGUGACCCGAGAAUAGUUUUGACAAAAUUUUGCACAACCCCCGAAAAGAAUUCGCUUCUUUAACAUCCUUAGAAUCAAGUUUUGAAGUUGAAACUUCGAGAGAAUGUAGUAAAAUUACUAGUGUUUGAAACAUUGUUUUUGUUAGUAAUUUGCAAAAUAUUGAUACUCUAGUAAACGUUGCAAUAACUUUCCGUUAAAAAUCUUGCCAAACUUGCCGUAAUAAUAAACAAAGUAGCCGAUGCACGACCGAGCCCAGGCGCGAGGCUAAAGAUUUUCACCACGUCUUUUUGGGCUGCCUAUUUAUUUUCCAGAUCAUUUUGGCAUAAUCACAUGCUUCAAAAAUGUUCUUUUGACACGCAGCAACAAUUAACGCACUGGCCAGCAACAAUGACCAGAUUUAUGAAAAAUAUAUAUGAUUGAAAUGAGUCAAGAAGUCGGCGUAUUUAAACUGCCGUUUGAAUAUAAGUCCUUGGUUCCACUAUUAAUUUGUAUUUUAACGUAUAUUUUUCGAAAUAUAGGAGAAUAUAUGUUGAGCUUUUGAAACUAAAUAUUUACCACUGAUUUUCGAUAUUAUAUGUCGAUUUUCGAUAUUAUAUGUCGAUUUUCGAUGACGAUUUUCGAUAUUAUAUGUCAACUUGUUUUCAUUCGCAUUUAAGUCAUUUGAGCUUGACACUAAUCCAUUGAAGUCAGUUCAGUUUAUUUUUCUAUCUUUAGUAUCGAUAGGGCGGGUUUUUCAACUUUUUGGAUUAUUUUUUGAGUUUGAAAAUUGCUUUUACCCCUAUAUUUGGUUUGGCGCGAAACGUGAGAGGUCCGUAACGUGUGAUACGAAACUCUCGUCAACCAAUCAGAAGGCUCCAUUUAUGUUACCGAUCGGAAAAUUAAAAACAUAUUCUGCACGAAAGCAUGAAGUAGGACAUUUUUACACAUGCAUAUGCAUAUUGACACUCUCAAAAAGAUCCGAUACCUAUACGCAGGGAUCUGAAAGCUGCUUACUUUUCCAGAUCCCACAUCAGGUUAUAGAAACACGCUUCUCCACCAAUCAACGUCGCCAACUCAGACUAGUCCCAGGCUCUCUCUCGCUACCAUACAGUCUAAAUGGAAUAACUGGCUAAAUAUGACUCGUGUUUUUAAUACUAGCAUAUAAAGGCAUUGAAUGCUGUUUACAAUCUUGAUAAUUAUGCUGAGUCUCGGACUAAAACUGUUUUGACAACACAGUCAUGUUAUGCGCAAAUAUUUGCAAUCUCCUCAGCUACUUAAACGUGUCAAGUAGAAAGCAUAGUUGUGUAUGGUCUAGUGUAGAUCACAACUUGCGAGUAUAUAAAUAACAUCAAGGAUUAUACGACAAAACUUUUUGAACAUUUUACCAAUGCCCAGUGUCAUGAAUUUGUAUUUUUUAUAUUUUUUAUAAUUUCACUACAGUUUAAAAUUUGGUUAUAUAGACAUCGAAUAUGAUCAACGAACGUUGUAAGUAUUUAUAAGGUUAUUUGUAUCCAUCUAUGAAAUUACGUACUGAAAUCUGCUAGGUGUUCUGAAGCACCAUUAGUUGUGACGUCACACCUGGUCCCAGUCUCACAUUACAUCCAAGUUUUUCCUCGUGCUGCUUCAGAACGACUGGGACUAGGCUGUGGCCAAUUGUUAUAUUAAAUGGAAUUUAUAAUAUAACAUUUGUAAAUUCUGAACGCUGAUUGGCUAAAAGCCGUGUUGAUAUAAGUCAAUGUUAACACGGAAAAUUUGUUUCUUCAUACUAUUAUCUUUGUGCUAUACUGUAUUAUUAUACUUGUGGAAAUUUGAAAAACUCUAAAAUUGUGUGAAAACACAAUUUAUCAUUUUCCCGUUUCCAAUCGUGUUGAUCUAACUGUAUAUCAACAUGGAAAAAGUUUUAUGUUUGUUAAAGAUAAAUAGGUUAAACGCUGUCCUUCUUUUCCAGGAUGAAGAAGAUGAUAAUGAAGAAAGUCAAACAAAAGGAAAAGGUCUAGUAUGGAAAGGAAAAGGUGAAUAUAACGAGUCAAGAAGACAAACAUAUAAUGAACUGCAGAGAUAUAACUUUUUCAAAAUUACACAACGACGAUAUAUUGAGCGAAUGAAGCACCUUUGUUCAUACAAUAUCAAAGUCAUUGGCUUAAUUCAAUAGCUUUAUCCUUUUAAUUUUAUUUUUGGCCUCAUGGAGCUAGUGUAAAUUUGGGCUCACGCUCUGCUUUCUCUUCCUCUCAUAUCGUUGUUUAUUGUUUAUUUUUUGUUUUUAUUUACAGUUCCCUUACCGGUCGUGCACUGGGUUUCUUAUGAGCAUAAUAUACUUGGAAAUUCCGUUCAUCUUCCCGACGGUAAAUUAUUUUCUCAAUAUAAAUUAACCAUUUUUUCGCUAAAAAUAGAAUAAUUGAAACAUAAAUAUGGAGUGAAUCUAAUAUCUGGGAAUACAUAAUAAUAAUCUGGAACAAACGAGCAGGUUGGAAACAAAAACUAAAGUGGUUGGGCGUAUACGAUGUUCCGCAAAUCGCAAAACUGCACAGAAAAAUUUUAAAAAUUGCAUUACCGCAACGACGUUAUUAUUCAAAGCACCGAAACCGCAGUUACCAAUACAAAUUAAAGAUGCUGUCAUUAAUCCUUUUGUUCACCAUUUCUAUAGAAAUUAGACAUGCGUAUUGCGAAACGAAUGUGAUGCUUGGCUAACAUGACGCGUGCAACGCGAGCCUGCGUUCAUUGGUAGCCUAAAUUAUAAUACUUCAUGUAAAGAAUGUAUAGGCUGAUGCAUGCAUAUUUUUCUAGUAAUAUACCACGUAAAAAAUGUUCGGGACUAUAAAAUAAUUGUAGUUUUGACUUUCGUUGAUACAGCGAGCCGACCGCUUAGAAAAUUUUCCUGUUUGUAUAUAAAAAUCACGUUAUACAACGCUACUAACUGCUUCCAAUCUCACUUAACUAUGUAAGUUUUGUUAGUCUGUGUUAAGGUAAAGUCUUUUCCAUUAAAAAACAACGUGGAAAGCAGUAUUUUUCACCCGAACCGCCCAACGUUUACUUAUGCGUCCGCCAUGUUUGUGCAUAGCGCGGCCGCGUAUUUCGUAUUUUGUACCAAUAUGUUUUUACGUACUGUAGGAUUUGUUACAAGUCUUUCUCUUUCCAUUCUCGGUCGAAGGGAAGCCGAGAGAUUUGGCUAGGUGUACAGUACAUAUGGGCAACAACUAUGUACACAUAACUAGAAAUAGAUGCAUGCAGCAACCUCUGGCCUUUAUUUUGGAAACAUUGAUAACAUGAGGUAUAUUAGUAAUUGAACAACACUAAAUGCAGGCUCGCGUUUGCGUCAAGGGUUACUAUGGCAACCAGAUCAUUUGAUAUUGUCAUGUUAAUCCUUUUGAUAUUUUUUCACAAAACGGCAAACAUAGUUGAAAGAUUAGUACUUUUAAUUAACUAUACAACAAUGAAUUUCCGAAAUAUAUCCUGUAAGUAUAUGUUAUUUUUCAUUUUGUGAGCUUUGUUUUAAUGUAAAAUUAAUCUGAAACGCUUCGUAAAACGUUUUGAAAUUUUCUUAUCUUUCUCCUGACAAACAGUCAUAUUUUUAAUAUCAUUAGUGUGGACUCAUCAUGAAACCUUGAAUUAUAACCACGCGCCCCUGAUUAUUGUUUAACUUUACUUUUAAACUUCGCAAUUGACCAUUUGCGUAAUAGACUAAAUUUUGAUCUCAACAAAAAUUUCAUUACAGCUUGAAGAGCAUCACAAAAUUUGCAAUAUUCCAAAGUUUCGUUGCAAAAUGUUGUAAAGUGCGGAAAAUAUAGCCUUGCGAAAUUUGCAAUUUUCAGUCAUUUUAGAUUACAAACCGGAAAUUGACAGCCUCGAAGGGUUUGGGGCUGUCAAUUUCCCGUUUGUAAUCUAAAAUGACUGAAAAUUGCAAAUUUCGCAAGGCUAUAUUUUCCGAAUUUUACAACAUAUUGCAACGAAAUUUUGGAAUAUUACUAAUUUUGUGAUGCUCCUUCAAGCUGUGAUGAAAUAUUUGUCUAGACUUGUUUAGUUCAAAAUUUAGUCUAUUACGCAAAUGGUCAAUUGGAUCGGGAAUUAUAGGCAAUGGAUUUUUUUGCGCGCUCAUAUUAAGUAAUGAAAUUAUGUUCUUUGUUGACUGAUAUAGUUCCUGGUGGAAACAAUCUUACUCUGCCAAAUGGAGUACAUUUGUCAUUUGGUAAUAUCAUCGCCAUGGCAGGAGAUUACUAUGGUAUACCAAAUGCGCCCAUAAUAGAUCCAUUGAAUCCGGAGAAGAUUGAUGAUGGGGCUCUUCAAAGAUUCAAGAAUGCUUACAACACUUUGGCGUUUACUCCAAAUGAGGGAAAAUACAAGGUUUGAUUUUGACGGUAAAAUUUAGAGCCACAAACCUGUAUCUAUUGUGCAGCUUGGACGGCAUGGAGCUCAAGUUAUGUUAUUUUUUACGAUUUGGCGUGCUUGGUCGAGUUAUUGAGCACGCGGGAAGUUGGGACGAGAAAGUGCAAGCUUGAGUGAUCUCCCAAGCGCACGAGAACUGGAUGGAGUAUCAUGAAAAAAUAUUUUAUAGUAUAAAAUUUAUUCAAAAAUAAGUUUUCUAUUCCUGGUGAGAUUAUAUUUUCUCUUAACGCAAGCCAAAUAUCAAAACGUUCCUGAAUACUGAGAAGUUUGUUGAGCAGUAGGCGUUAAUGGGUGUCUAUUAGCGAUAAUAGAGAGGCUUAGCAAAGACGACGCGACGUCAAACGUGAAAAUGGCGUAAAAAUGGCGUGGGCAUAUCACGCCAUUUUCACGUCUCUUUGACGUCGCGUCGUCUUUGAUAAACCUCUCUAAUGUAAACCUCACUUCCAUUGUGGUCGUUUGAACAAUCUGACCCCAUAGAAAUAUUAGAUGAAUAUGUCUAUUAUUUCUAUGCUCUGGCCCCAUUACACUCUGCGCAUGUCUAGAUGCGUUAAUGUCAUCGUGUUGUGCCACAUGUUUUGGUGAGAGCAAGCUCAUGUGAUAUAAAUUCGAAUGUCUCACGUAUACCAAGCUGCCAGUAUAACGUGUACCAAGGGGGUUGUAGCGCCCAAUUAUUAGGGAAUGGGGGUUGUAGCGCCAAUUAUUUUUAAUUUGGCAAAUUCUAGGAUAUGCUGCUUAAAAAUCCGACAUAUGAACAACGGGAAGCGCUACAUGCAGUUUUUAAAUCAUCGCAAAUUUUGUGCUACAAAUUAAUUUCUCAUUGUCGACGAUAAUUUACCCAUCGUAGCAAGUGGAAAGAAUUGAUUUUGGUGUUUUAGGUGCAUAUGAAGAAAUAAACAGAUCUUCUUUUAGCAACAUAAUUAUUUUUGAAGGAGCGACUAGACAAACUGCUAAAAUUGCUGGCUGACGACGACAAGAACGCAAAGAAAGCAGGAAACUGUUUCCACAGCAAUAAAGAAUGGGAUGAGGCUACAGGUGGCGUAUGGGUAGCUGGAAUACCAAUCAUUCCAGGCUUUAUGAUAAAACUUGCUGAACAUAAUUAUGAUCAUUUUGAGCCUCAGGCCAAAACAACCUACGUUGUUGGACAUGGAUACGCAAUUGAGAAAGCUCGUGAAGCAGGUAUGUAAGGUGCAUUACACUGUAACGGUUUUAGUAACGAGUGUGCGGAAUACUUUCUUAAUUUAGUUAAAACUGUUUUAAGACGCUUUAUUUUAUUUUUUAUCAGGUCGAAGUAAAGAAAAUAAUCGAGAAAAGCUGCUAUUUGAGGCUUACUCGAUUGACGGGUUUGCUUGUCACUUUCUCACUGAUGCAUUUGCCACUGGACAUAUGAGGUACGAUAUUGCAGCUUCAACAACAAAGACAUAAAGUAGAAACUCAACAACAACAACAACAACAACGACAACGACAACGACAACGACAACGACAACGACAACGACAAACUGAUAAUUGAUUUGGUACUAAUCAAAUAUGUAAGCUUGCAAUGAGCAUUACUCCUAUAUUUUUAUUUACAAUUAUGGCAUUAAUGUGAAAAUUGACUUCGCAAAUCAUUGGAAAACAAAACAAAUAACCAUGCUCUAUUUCUGAAGGAAAAGCCGCCAUCUUUAUCUCAUUCUGCAAAGUAAAUAAAUUAUGUUUCUUCUUUUCGUUUUUAAUGCUCUCCUUCACUGUAGAACACCAAGAGUUGCCUUACCUAAGAACGUCACGCCAGCCGUCAUAGGAGAUCUUCUAUGUAAAUACAUGCAUGAUGAAGACAGCAAGUUUGGCAUUCGUGUUACCAACGUCCGUGGGGACACAUUGGUUGGUUAUGGAGAUGGAAGGCUCAUGGAGGAAGGCGACAAGGUAAUCAUACUCUGCGAUUCUAAUUUUAUAUGUAAAGUCAAUGUAACACGAGGCGUUUAUACUAGUAGGCUGCAAAAACAAGUGCAAUUAUCAUAAUUUCUGAAGAGACCUUAAUCGCAAUAUGCAAAAAUAUAAAAAAUAGGUACGCAUUGAGUACCUGUGGUUAGCCUACAGGAUUGGCAAUUGUUAUGAUGUAUAUACGUAUAGCUAAUUUCGUACAAAAUAAAUAAAUUAAUUGCUUUUUUGCGAUCGAGGCUAUCUUGAUUGAUUUUUCGACCGUUGACCACUAAAUGUUUUAGUUUUCAUUCUUUGCCGUGUGAAGCCAGAUACCGUAUAAACUGUCCAUAAUACGAUGCUUGUGAUGUUCCCUGAGUGUAUAUCUACACUGGGCAUGCAGGCUUGAAAAAUAUGCCUGGCAACGGUGGGAAUCUUAUUCACCUGAGUACAUUCCACCAACAUAGCAAAUAUUAUCCAUAAUACAGCAACAUUUUUUUAAGAUAGGUUACCGAUUAAAAUAAUGAGUAAAAUGCAAUUCAAAGUUGUAAAAAAACCCUCGUGUAACUCGCAAAAUUUCUUUAUACAAAAGCGUCGGUGACUAGUGAAAGAUUGUACGGGGGCGCAGAACGAGCUUUCAUCAAACAAAAUCGAGUGACAAUGUUGUUUUUACUGUUUCGUUUUUGUCAACUUUUGGAUUUAUUUGAGUGCCAUGGAAAAUUCUCAAGGAAUAAAUUGAUGAAAGCACAAAACCUCUAAGGUUGAAGUUAAUUGAACCUGCCGUUUACUCAAUCCAUGAGCUAUAACAACCUAACAGGUGGAAGUGUUUUUGUUUGGUUUUGCACUUUUGCUGAAAAUGAACAAGGUUAUGAAACUGUGAUAUUUUUUCUGUUUAUAUGUAAUCACUUUAUCCUGUAGAAACACGAAAGUAUUUCUGAACGACUUUUUAAACGUUUAUCAAACGUUUGUGUACAUUUUAGCAAAUUUGUUAUAGUUGACAGUUUAUUAAACAAUGAAAAACAUUGUUUUUUGGUCUAGAUCAUAUGCAAAAUUGCUGUAUGGUUACGCAAUUGAUUUGGCACUCAAAAUGAAGGAUUAUUCAACGCUUUUUUUCAUUAGGAACCUUUUAGAAAUAGCUUAAAAAAGCACAUCCCACAUGCUACUGUAUAGGCCGGGAGCUUCACAAUUUCAUAAACCAACGGCUCUUUCGUAUGCCUUUAACAACAAUAUUCCGUAUUUCAUAUGCCUUUAACUACAAUAUUACAAUAUUCAAUACACUUUUAUGGUUUUCUACAUAGUGGUUCGCUGCGCAUGCGCAGUCUAACCACAAAAUGGUGCAUCUUAGUUUUGCGAGAUGCAAAUUGUUAAUUGAAUUAGAAUGACAACUCCAUUUCGUAAUAGAUUCAUACUCCAAAAACUAUGAGGCAAGUCGCAAAGGGUAUAUUAGCUACUACAACGGUGUCUCUCCAUAGUGAUUAACUGGUUCAAAUUUUCCUGGGGUUUUUUAGGCAAUUUUUCAUUGCUAUUUCAGUUAGAAAGAAACCCUAAUAAUGAUAAAUUAUAUAUGAUGAAUUACCAUUAUAAUAUUAGGUAAAGUAAUGGUAAUUUUCUUUAGAAAACAGAUUUCCAAGAUAACAAAUAAUACUGAAAUAGGAAACUGAAUUAUAUAUCUGCGUUUUUGGUUAUUUUAGGAAUAUUUCAAUCUUGUUGUGGAAGCUGUACAGAAUUCAGUCAACCAAGUACACCAAGCAUACAAAGAUUCCAAUUUGAAACUGGAUUCACGUGCAGUCACUGAUCUCAUACCAUUUGUGGAUAGAAAGAAGAAGAACAACACACCGUUGUUUGAAGUUAAAAAUGGUGAGAUACAUCGCAGGUCAGACAUCAACGAUCUUCAAGAUAAGAAAACCAUUACCAACUGGUGGGGAUCUUCCACUGCUUUGAAACUACGAUUGUAUAAACCACAUAAUUCUGCAAUAUAA